AUGGCACUCUUAUAUCUUACUCCUCUUAUAUCCUCAACCUGCUCCCUCUAUUUCGCAUGGGAUCAAUAUUUAUUCUUACGCAUAUUCCUAAAAAAGGACAUAGUGAUUUACGCAAACCGCCUCCAAGCCUCCUAUUGGAAGACUUUCUUCCCAGAAGGAGCCGUCGCCGUGGUAGGGCUUAUUGGUGUCACGUCAGGGGCAUCAUUCACACUCUUAAGAACCUCGGCAUCUCUUCUACGUGAUAAGGGUUCUUUUUACUGGUACCUAGCUGGCGGAGCCCUUGCUCUAAGCCAUCUUCUUUGGGCGCCCCCUACUUUGCCUCUCAUCAGCACUCUCCAAGACGAAAAGAAGGACCCCGAAAACGCGCCCAGCGCGCUUAGGAGCUGGUUAACUCUCCAUGUUGCUCGCGCUAUCAUUUCCGAUGCACCGUGCUUCGUCAGCUGCCUUGUUGCGGCUGUCAAGACUCUAUCCCCUUAAGAGUUGCACUACAAGCCGAUCACUUUUAAGGGCGGAGUCAUUAGGAUUGGUCUUGUAUAAGUUCACCGAGGCAAUUGAAUUAGGCUUAAGGAG